AUGGCCGCCGACGGCGGCGGCGGGCGGGAGCUGCUCGCCCUCAUCCACCAGCACCUGCUCCGCGGCGGCUUCGCGCGGGCCGCCCGGGAGCUGCAGGCGCAGAGCGGGCAGAAAUUGCUCCCUUCCCUCUCGACCUCUCUCGAGGACAUCUUUACCCACUGGGAAAAAACUCCACCAAAUUCCAAGAGAAGAAAUGUGAGUGAUGAGGAGGCAGCGAUCCCAGAAAAGAUCAGAGUUCCUGAUCCCGUGAGCAGCUCUGAGAGCUCAGAGAAAGAAGAGGAUGAGAAAGAGAAGGCAAAAGCUGCAAAUGCAGCCAGCCUUCCUCUGGCCACGAACUCGGUAGUCAAUAUAGAAAGCAGUGAGGAAGAUGAGUCCUCAUCAGAAGAGGAGGAUCUGGCUGGGAAAGGUGCAGUGACGGUGACAGCAGCUGUGGUGGGUGGCAAAGCUGCCAACUGCCUGCAUUCCCCUCCCAAGGCUGCUGCCCCAGCAGGCAGAGCAGAGGCGCUCUCUGCUGCUGACAGAACUGUGCUCUCCAACAAGCAGCAGCCCAAUGCCCCAGCUGCAGCUCCAUCCCCAGCCAAGGCCCAGAAACUGCCUGGUCCUGGAAAGCCUGGACAUGCCACAGCAGCUGUGGCCAAAGUAGGACAAAGCAAAGCACCAGUACCAACCAAAGCACCAGAAAGUUCCAGCAGCAGCAGCGGCUCCUCAUCCGAGAGCGAGGAGGAAGAGGAGACACCGACUGCAAAGGCCCCAGCCCCCAAAGCUGAGCCGGCAGCUGGGGCUGAGAGCAGCAGUGAGGAAUCAAGUGAGGACACAUCCUCUGAGGAGGAGCUGGUAAUUCCAGCCAUCCAGGCCAAGCCAGCUGUGAAAACAGUGCGGUCUAAUGCAGCACCUGUGAAAAGUGCACCUGCUGCUUCAGUGUCCCUGAAGAAGAAUGCAGUGAAACAAACAGCCCUGGCAGCAGGCCAGGCCAAACCAACAUCAACAGCAGCUCCCAGGGCUGCACAGCCCAGUGACACAGCAGAGAGCAGCAGCUCCUCAGACAGUGAAGAUGAACGUCCAUUGACAAAGCCACCUCCAAAAUCCUCCCAGGCCAUCCUAUCCCCAGUGAAACCUACAACAGCAGCAUCACUGCCUGUCAAAGCAACUCCAGUAAAAACACUUCCAGUGUCCCAAGGGAAGGCAGCACCAAAACCAACAGUGCCCAAACAGGUUAAAACCUCACUGGGAAAGACUGCUGCUCCCACGAAGCCUGCUGAAAGUAAAAAGCCAGUGGAGAGCUCUGCCUCAUCAGCCACUGAAGAGGAGGACCUCCCUGUGCCCAUCAGCCAGAAGAGGUUAUCAGACCAGCCCAGGCCUAUUCCCAACCUGAGCCAGGCUGCUAAAGCUGGGCAGCCUGAAAAAGCAGUGGUCAGCACCUUGAAAAGCCAGGUUUCAGAAAGUGGGAGCAGUGACUCAUCUGACAGUGAAGAGGAGUCUCCUGCAGCCCAGGGACAGCCUUCACCAGCUGUGAAAACCAAUGCUGUGCCCCAACCAACAAAUGUGAAAAAGGCACCAACUUCAGCACCAGCCACAGCCCCUCCAGCUGUGGACAGCAGUGAGGAUUCCAGUGAGGAGUCAGAUUCAGAGGAUGAAAUAGUCCCUCCUUCCCAGAGUCUGUCCCAGCAGAAUGUCAAAGUAACUGCAGUUUCGAGCAUGAUGGCUGCAAAGGCAAAUGCCAGCCUGCCUUCAGGGAAGAAGACAAAGACCCCUGCUGUCCCUGCAGUGAGCAGAGUGUCUGAGAGCUCAAACACUGAUGAGCACAACAUGCUGCCAGGAAAGGUCCCUGCUGCUUCUAGCCAAAAGCAAACGGUUCCAGUGGGAAAAGCUGCUCCUGCCAGCACUGCCAUCCCAGGAAGUUCCCCUGCCAAGGCAAGGCAGCCAGUCCUGCAGCCAGGACAGGACACCCACCCAAGCCAGGCUGUGCCACCCACUCAUGCAGAGGACACCUCAGACAGCAGCAUUUCCUCCGACACUGACGAGGAGGAGGCACCCAAGGAGCCUUCCAAACCUGCAGGCUCCCUACAGAAACCAGGAGGGACCCAGCCAGCCCACAGCUCCUCCUCAGAGUCCAGUGAGGAGGAGGCAGCAUCACAGUCCCUCCUCACAGGCUACCCAGUCCUCUCCAAGACCCCAGUAACACCCCAUGCACCAAAGACGGUUCUCCCCCAGCCUGGGGGUGAGGUGGGGCCAGGGAAGGCAGCUGUGAGUGCUGCAAACUCCCUCACCAAGGGCUCCCUGAAAGCAGCCAUGGCCAACAGCUCAAGCAGUGACAGCAGUGACUCUGACACAGAUGACAACCAGGUGGCUGCAAACCACAAAGCAGAAAACAACCCCCCUUCAGGGCAGGGAGCUACAGAAGCCUCCAACAAAGAGAAGGUGGCAGGAAAAACAGAGCCAGGUCAUGCCAGCCUCAAAGCUUCCUCACUGAAGAAAACCCUGGCCAUGAAAGAGAACCAUGUUGGGGCAACAGGGGUGCAAGUGACCCCAGCAUCAUCACAUGCCCUGCCCUCCGUCCCACAGCCACAGCAGCCAAGCUCAGGGAGUGAAACUGAGGUCACCACUGCUGCUGAAGUCCCUGCAGUGCAGACAGCAGAGGGCUCGCAAGUGAAGAAGAAGAAGAAAAAGGAGAAAAAGGAGAAAAAAGAAAAGGAGAAAAAGGAGAAAAAAGAAAAGGAGAAAAAGAAACCAUCCUCCACAGCAGACAAGGCUGUGAAAACAUCCAAGAGCAAAGACAAAGAGAACAAGAAGCAGAAAACGUCUCAGAAGCGGAAGCUGACGGGAGAGGAUGGGGCUGUGGGGCAGCCCAAGGAGAAGAAACGGAAAGGGCAGGCUGAUGAAGAAGUACCCAAAAAGAAAAAGAAGAAAGCAGAUGGUGACCUGGAGAAGGUGGCAGGCAGCAAGGAAAAGAAAAAAUCAGCUAAAAAAAAAAAGGCUGGAAAGGAAAAGAAGAGCAAAAAAGCAUCUUUGGAAGGGGUGCCUGUGGCAGAUGGCUCUGCUGAGGUUCACAAGAAGAAGAAGAAGAAGAAGAAAGGAGCUGAUCCUGAAGGAUUGUGAGAAGGUACCGCAUUCCUGUGAUUAAAGAUUUAUGGGUGAAGAUCAAACAGAAGAGAGGAAAAGGAAGCUCACCUGGAGAAUUCCAACUUUUUUUUUAAAAUAGUAAUUUAUAAUUUCUUUUAACUGUGACUUUUAGAACAGUUGUGUAACUUUCUGCCUCCUCCUGCCCUGCUGAGGCUCAGAGAUGUGUUUAUAGUCCCUCCAAAUGGAAUGGAAGUGGAGGAGGCAGUUUGACCAGAGCGGAGCAUAAACUGCUUUUCCCCUUGUUGACACCCAGCCAUCCCUUCUCUUACCACAGAGCUAUAUUUUUGAGGAAAACUUUUACCUUUUUUUCCCCUCCUCCUGUGACUUGUGGUGUCAGUCCUUUUGCUACUACAAAGAAAGCUCUCGGGUUUCCUUUUUAUUCUAACACUGACAGUGGUGAUUAUCAUGUCCCUGGAGUUGCACUGAACAGUUGUGUCUAGCAGCUGUUCUCAGCUAAGGCAGAGUUGGUUUUUGUGUUGUUUUUUUAUGAAAUACAAAAUAAAAAACAACAAACAGAU